UCCUCUUACUUUCCACUGAUACCUCUUUCACUUCACUUUUCUUUAUUUCUUUCUUUAAUAUAUGAAACUGUAGACUAAGGACUUUCUGCCAAAACAAAAGUUUUUUUACUCUUUCUCACUCCCCUCUCCAACAGCCCAACUUCUCCUAUUUUUAGCUCUUUAGAUCUCUCCUCGUCUUCCUUAAAAAUCUAAUUUUUGAGGCCUUUUGUCUCCAUCCACCAAUGGAAACUCCCUCUAACCGCCAGGAAAGGGAGAAUCAGGCGGCCGCCGCCGCCGCCGGCAAUGCGCCACUGACGCCGAGGUCGGCUGAUCCGAACUCCUACCCGACCACCUUCGUCCAAGCCGACACCUCUUCCUUCAAGCAAGUCGUACAGAUGCUCACCGGUACAGCGGAGACCGCCGCCGCAGCCGCGGCGGUUUCGCCUGCGAAGAACCUGAUCCCGCCUGCGGGGAAAUCCAACGGUCCCAAGAAGCCAGCUUUCAAGCUCUACGAGCGCCGAGGAAGCCUCAAGAACUUAAAAGCCAUCAGCCCCCUCAUCGCCGGAUGUGGCGGUGGGGCCGCCGCCAUCUUCUCACCGAGAAAGCAACAGGAGAUCUUGUCGCCGAGCAUGCUGGAUUUCCCCUCACUUGUUCUCAGCCCUGUGACGCCUCUUAUACCCGACCCCUUCAACCGAUCUCCGCCACCGCCACCUGCAGGAUCCCCAGCCGCCGUCAAGGCUGAGGAUCGCGCCAUCGCCGAGAAGGGCUUCUAUCUCCACCCCUCUCCAAGGUCAGAUGCUGAGCCGCCACGGCUACUUCCUCUGUUCCCGGAGUCAUCUCCAAGGUUCUCGUCUUCUUCUGCUUCUCUGUCUCAAUGAACGAGAGAAUUCCUCCCCUGUUUUUGCUUCCGAUCUGUACUUCGCUUACUUAGUUCGAAUUAAUUGCAGGAGUAAUUUGCUUCAACUGUAAAGCUUAUUAUCUAUUAAUUGCUGGAUUAUGUUCUAUCUUAAGAAAAAAUUUGAUAUCUUACA